CACGCGCGCGCACGCACACACACACCGCAAACCGACCCAGUAUAUAGCAACACACUGGCCGACACGUGCAAUUGGCCAAAGAGACAGUAUCCGCGGGCACAUAGAUGGUGAACCCGCGCAGCCUUCGCGGACCUGAUCAUCAUCUUUAGUUCCCCCCCCCCCCCGCCCCCCCAAUACUAUUGCUGUCGUCUUCGCCGGAGGUGUGAUCGCGCAGGCAUGGCGCGCUGUCAGACCGCCGGACGUGUGCGGAGAGGCGGCCGGGGCUCCGCGCCGCUGCUGGCCGCCGCGCUGCUCAGCCUUCUGUCCGCGGGGAUGCAACCGACCGCGGCGUUCCCGUCCCGGAGGUCAGAGGAAGAAGCUUACACCACCGCGCUGCUCAUUGGGAUCCGAAAAGAGGCCCGGACGCAAGUGCUUCACCUCUCCAGGAACAAGCGCUACACCCUCACGCCGGAGCAGCUCAAAUGGGACAAGUUUAAGCUGACAUACAAGUUGCUUUCCUUCCCGACAAACCUGAUAAAUGCCAGCGACACGCGCCGAGGCAUCGCCAGGGCGUUUGGCAUGUGGAGCGACGUCUCGCCGUUCAGCUUCAGAGAGGUGCCAGCUGACCAAGAGGCAGACAUUAAGAUUGGCUUCUACCCCGUCAACCACACAGACUGUCUACAGUCCUAUUUGCACCAUUGUUUCGACGGCAUCACAGGAGAAUUGGCUCAUGCAUUCUUCCCGUCGACAGGCGAGAUCCACUUUGACGACCACGAAUACUGGAUUCUUGGAAACAUGCGCUUCAGCUGGAAGAAAGGGGUUUGGCUCACAGAUCUUGUCCACGUGGCAACCCAUGAAAUUGGACAUGUCCUGGGACUCAUGCACUCCAUGGACCCGAAAGCCAUAAUGCACCUGAACGCAACGCUGACGGGGCGCAAGCUGAUCACACAGGAUGAGGUGUGGGGCGUACACCGUCUCUAUGGAUGUUUGGACCGGUUAUUUAUCUGUCCAGCCUGGGCUCGGAAAGGCUAUUGCGACAGCAAGCGCAGGCUGAUGCAGAAGCACUGCCCGUCCAGCUGUGAUUUCUGUUACGAAUUUCCUUUCCCUACUGUGGCUCCCACGCCAACUCCACCCAGGACCAAACACAAGCUGGUCGUUGAAGGCAAGCAGCUCACUUUUCGCUGUGGCAAGAAAAUAGCAUCAAAGAAAGGCAAAGUAUACUGGUACAAAGACGGGGAGCUGCUGGAGUUCUCGCACCCGAACUACAUCUCCCUGAAAGACGACCACAUUACCAUCGUGGCCAACGCCAUAAACGAGGGCACAUACACCUGCAUCGUUAAGAAAAAGGACAAAGUUCUAACCAACUACUCGUGGAGGGUGCGCGUGCGCUUCUGAAAGGCCGCACCAACUCCUCUGCACACUGAACCAGACACAUACACACAGUCACCAGCACACCUCGUUCACCAGGGCACAUAUUUCUGUUGUUUUCCCUUUUAACGUCUUCCCUGUAUCUUACACACACACACACACACACAACUGUCUAUCAUUGAUUGUCAUUGUGUAAGUGCAUUUUCAUACGUGCAAAUAAUAAAUGUUCCGUGACGAGUAGUAUUUUUGUGAAAAAAAAUACCUGACUGUGAAAGAGCUGGUCAUGUCAGACGUAGCCGUUUGUAUUUUAUUUGGUGAUGAAAACUCCUCGCGGCCCUCGUCUGCAGACUUCUUCACAGUUCUUGCCGCUUGAGGCAGUAAUGGUGUCCAAAGCCACGCAGGGGCCCUUGGGGUGUCCCUGAAAAAAAUGGGGACUAAUCAGCUGUUUAGUGCCACGUUUAAACUCAAAUUAAAAAGGUAUAAGCAAAGUUGGAGAACGAUCCGAUUCCACAAAUGGGAUCAUCCAGACAAAUGUCCCUCGUGUGUUUCUUUCAAGGGGCCUGACAGUCACAGAAGCCCUUUGCUUAGAUGCCAUUUGAAUAAUUUACACACUGACCAAACUUGAGCUAAUGAAGCCAGAAUAAGCAAUGUUGUCUGUCUGCCGCCUUUUGGAACAAUUUGGACCUUACACCGCAUAUGGAAGACCUCAGACGUCUAGCUUACUUUAC